UCCGUUAGCCUGAAAUUUUAAAACCGUGGGCCAUAGCUUAGGAAGACUAGUCUAACCUCCAGGAAGGUUCAUAUUCCUUUUUCUUUGUUGGUUCUCUUCCAUAGCUAAACAAACUAUAAAAGAAACUUCACAUAGUGCUCAAUUCACAUCUAGAUCUAAAAUUUUCACACCUCAUUAAGCCCUUUAGCCAAGAGUCCCUAGCCAAAAAAUUAACAUGGCAUGGUCAACUUCCUCCUCUAGCACCCCUCAUCAAAAGCAUGAAGUGUUCCUCAGCUUCAGAGGUGAGGACACACGCUACACCUUCACUGGGCACCUUCAUGCCUCUUUAACAAGACUCCAAGUCAACACAUACAUUGACUACAACCUUCAGAGAGGUGAAGAGAUAUCAUCCUCACUUCUUAGGGCCAUUGAGGAGGCAAAACUCUCAGUCGUUGUUUUCUCCAAAAACUAUGGAAAUUCCAAGUGGUGUCUUGAUGAGCUUCUGAAAAUACUUGAAUGUAAGAAUAUGAGGGGGCAGAUUGUGUUGCCAAUUUUCUAUGACAUUGAUCCCUCGCACGUGCGCAACCAGACGGGAACGUAUGCUGAGGCAUUUGCUAAACAUGAGAAACACUUGCAGGGUCAAAUGGACAAGGUGCAAAAGUGGAGGGUGGCUCUCAGAGAAGCAGCUAAUCUCUCUGGUUGGGAUUGCUCUGUCAACAGGAUGGAGUCUGAACUAAUCGAGAAAAUUGCAAAGGAUGUAUUAGAAAAACUAAAUCGAGUAUACGUUGGCGACCUAGAUCAGCAGAUUGCAAAGUUAGAGCAACUUGCACAGCUUCAGCAUCAAUUUUUGCAAAACAUACCUUCUUUGGAAAAUGUGAGAAAUCAUAGAGCAACUGUUCAGCGUAUCACGGAACUUAAAAUGGAGAGAAGUGUCCGCAUGCUUCGCCUCCCUCCCGACAUGCUUUCACAUUUGGAGAAUUCAAACAAUAAUAAUUAUUUUCCUUUGUAAUGUGCAAAGAAAUUAAUUGUUGUUGUCACAAGUUUUAAUGAGAUACGAUUUCUUAAUUUCAAAGUCCCUUUGUAGUUUAUUUUGUAUUGAAACCUUUUGGAAAAUUUAUGUCCCAUCAUAUGACAUCUUUCUAACUUUGUAAAAAAUUAAAGUUAGAUAAAUAGUCAUUUUGUCCCUCAAUGUUUAA